AUGGCGACCCGGCGGUUUCCAGGAGCUGCUGACGUCCAAGCAACCCGAUCGCGGCGGUUCGGCUUACCUGUCGGAAGCCAGAGACCCUUUGCCAUCUGGGGCGCUCAGGCGGGGCCCCGUGAAAACCGAACGUGGGAAUGGGUGGCAGCUUUUCGUUUUCUCAAAACGGGCAGCAGCGCGUCCAAGACCUUGGAAAAUAUAAGGGGGGGAAUAAUUGAUUUUGAAACGCGCCUCUCGGAGCAGAACCGACAAGCGACCCAAAGCGGCUUCACCCCGUCGGGAGCCGAGAGACCCAGCCCGGCCUUCCGCGAAGCCUUCUACCUCAAAGCGGUUGGAGCCCCUCUCGCCGACGCCACCGCCACCAUCAUCACCACCAUCGCUAAUGCCGUCGUUGGCUACAUCCCUCUCUGCGCAGGCUGCAACCAGCACAUCGUGGACCGUUUCAUCCUGAAGGUGCUGGACCGCCACUGGCACAGCAAAUGCCUCCGAUGCCACGACUGCCAGGUGCAGCUGGCAGAGAAGUGCUUCAGCCGUGGAGAGAGCGUCUACUGCAAGGAGGACUUCUUUAAGAGGUUUGGGACGAAAUGCGCAGCCUGCCAGCAAGGCAUCCCGCCCACCCAGGUGGUGCGAAGGGCCCAGGACUUUGUUUACCACCUUCACUGCUUCUCCUGCGUGGUCUGCAAAAGGCAGCUGGCCACGGGAGACGAAUUCUACCUCAUGGAGGACAGCCGGCUGGUGUGCAAGGCCGACUACGAGACCGCCAAGCAAAGAGCGGACAGCGAUGCCGAGGUCUCUUUCACAGAUGAACCUUCCAUAUCCGACAUCAACCAUCCCAACGGGAUUUACAGCAGUCUUGGGGAAGACUCCCCCGUUCUGGCGAAACAAGCUGGGAGCAGUGGAAACUUCUCCUUGGAACAUGGUGGCAUCUCAGCUCAGGACCAAUUUCACGAUCUCCGGUCAAACAGCCCUUACGGGAUGCCCCCCUCACCAGGCUCCUUACAAGCUAUGUCUGGCCACCCGUCCUUAAUGUCCAGCUUGGUUUACCCAGACCACGGCUUGGGCAUCGUAGGCCAAGGUGGACAAUCAGUGCCUCAACCCAUGCGGGUGUUGAGUGGGAACGGACCCAAUUCAGAUCUCUCUUCAGGAAGCAGCGGGGGAUAUCCGGAUUUCCCAGCCAGUCCAGCUUCUUGGCUAGAUGAAGUUGACCAUGCACAGUUUUGA